CAGUGUUAGCUGAGCUCUUUGACGGAAUGGAGCCAAGGAACCCCAUUUGCUGCCUUCUGCAAUGACCAGCAGCUUUACCCAGCUGCCAGAGGGGAACCUUUUCACAUGAAGCCCAGUCCUACGGCAACACCAUGUCAAGCGACAAUAGUCCCAGUGAGCCACUUUCCACAACAACUGUUAGUUCAGUUCUGGUUGAGGCUGGGGAUUGCAGAAUUGUCAUCGCUCUUCUUAAGUGUGGAGAAUGGGUACAGCUGCAGCUAGUUGAAUCAGUACCAAAUGUAUUAGAAAUUGGCAGCAAUGAAGAAGAGACCAAAAAAUUAUUACAUGAUCAUGAACUUCUCCUGGCUAAGCUUAAGCCUUUGGAAGGCCAAGUUUGGGAUCUGUUACGGGAAGCUGACAAAACUGCAGCAGAACAUCAAGAUCAAGAGCAGGUGCACGAAGCCAUGGCGGAGUCCCUGGGAGAUGCUUGGGAUUCCCUGACGAUUGUCCUUGAGAAGCGGAGGACACUUUUAAAACUGAGUUUGGAUUUCUUUGAACAUGCUCUGGAGUUUGCUGCCAAAAUUGACCAAGUUGAAGAUUUUCUGCAGUAUUCCCAAGAGUUUGAGAAUCCUGAAUCCCUGAAAGCACUCUUGCACCAGCACAAACAUCAUACAAAAGAGCUUCUGGAAAAAUCAUUGAGACUCUUAAACAAAAGCCAUGACCUAACUGAAUUCAUACAGGAAUUCAAAUCUGAUGGGCCAAACACAAAUCCAGAAUUCAUUCAGGGAGCCCACAAUAGUUGUUUGAAAAUUGACGUUCUCCUUGAAGUUCUACAAGACAGGAGGAGGCAACUGGACAAACACUUGAAGCUGCAGUGUGAAGGACUAGAACAAGUUUUGCAAAUCUGUCAGUGGCAUUACCAGGAAAACCAGAUAACCUCUUGGUACAAGAAGAAUAUAAAAGAUUACUUUAAUAAGCAAAACUUGGGGUCAUCUUUAAAGGAAAAUGAAGCAUUGCUUCUGGAACACAAGGAAAUGGAAUAUAAGGUUAAAGAGUGGAAUUCCGCUCUGCAAGGAUUAAAAUCAGAGGCACUCAAAAUUCUAUUUUCAAAGGAGUAUGCAGAGAAAGAGCAUCUAAAGCUUUCGAAUCAAAAAAUGAACCUAUUGCAACAAGAAGUGAAUCGCUGUUUGGAAGAACGGAAAGCACUAUUGCAAGAAGCCAAUGACUUCUUCAUCGCAGCGAGGAAGGCAUAUGAUAUACUUGAAAAUGUAGAGGCUUCUCUUAAACUUCUUAACUCUAAAGUUUUCAGCUUGCCCAUUUUGGCAAUAAAACAUGAUGAACUACAAAAAGAAAUUAAAAAUGGAUCAGUUGAUGCUCUUCAGAAGGGACAAGCCUUACUUAGCAAGCAAGAUGCAGACAGUUCUUGGAUGAUUGGGGUUCAGGAAAGGAUGGACUACAUUGAGAAAAAAGUAGAUCAGCUGAUCAAACAGUUGCCUGCUCAUAAAGAAUUUGCCUCAAACAAGGAACACCUAACUACUUCCUUAGAAGAUUACCUCAAGAAGGCAUCAACAAAGAUUCAAGACAUUGGUCCAGUACUCUCAGCUGCAGUAUAUCCUGGAUCAUCUGCUCCUGAAUCAGAAGAAGUCCUGAACAAAUAUUUAGAGCUGGCAAAUCAAACAAAGGAUAUGGCCAAUGAACUAGAACUGGCUGUAAGAAUUUGUAAGGAAAUGGAAGAACUGGAAACCACAGAAAUAGCAGUUUUUUCAAACAAAACUGAGCUUUUAAAUGAAGAACUGGCAACACUUAACAGAAAUCUUUACUUAAAACUCGAAAUCCUGAAGCCAUAUGUAGCAUUUUUAAAGUCAUCAGAUGAGGCUGGAAAUGAUGCCCAGAAGCUGAAAGAAUUCUAUAUAAGUGAGCCUGCGGAAGAUGUUGAAGCUAAAAAGGAGGCCUUGCUGCAAUCAGCUGAUGUCCAGUGGCAUUUGGUUCUGAAGAAGAUUCUUUCCACUCAGGAUAUGGGUCAUGACUUUUUAAAUUUAGUAAAUAUGGUGAAUAACAAUCUCAUAAUGAAUGUGGAAAAUGUGGUUCAAGUAACGGAACAUACUCUUGAUAUUCUGAACAAAGAAAAAGAAGAACUAACACAGCUUUGGGCAAGAUGGAAGCUUAGUAUGAAUCAAGUGAAAUCUAUUAAACAACAGUGUGGAAAAUUUAAUGAGCAAUUUAAAACUACAACACAACGCUUAAUCAUUCUUCAAGAGGCACUGAGAUCUACUCUGGCACUUGAUCUAGGAAGUAACCUUUCAGUACUUAUGGAAUUACAAAAUAAGUUUAAUGAAAUGAAACCACAGUUUCAGCAACUCAAUGCUGAGGUGGAAUACACAUUAAAAUUAUCAGAGCAGCUGAGCAUGAAAGGAGUUCCUGACAUGGAAAAAUCUGAGAAAAUAAGCGAGCUCAUUCAUCUCCAUAAGGAGAUAAAAGAAAGGAUGGCAGAAUACGAUGAAGUUUUCAACAAGACAGUCAAAUUCCACCAAGUCAGAGAGGAACUUGAAGGUCUCAUAAAAUCAGAAGGACUGGAGAUCCUACAAAUGAAAGAUGCGCCAAGUGACACUUCCCAUGCUAAGAUCCACCUGAAUAAUGUUCAGGAGAAGCAUGUACAAAUCAGACAUCUGUAUAAAUUGGCACUUUCGCUUGGAAUGGAUAUACUCUCAACAGUAAAAUAUCCUAAUUCCUUUAAUGUUUCUGUAAAGAACUUACAGCAGCAGCUGGACACCAUUGAGUCUGAGAGCAUUAACUGGGACUCCAAAGCUGAAAAGUAUGAGGAAGAGCUCUCACAUGCCCUCCAUUUCUGCAUCACAAGAGACGAGAUACAUGAGCUCAGAGAAUCCUUUAAAGAUCUGAGAAAGAAAUUCAACAACAUGAAAUUCAACUACAGCAAGAAAACGGAAAAAACACGAAAUCUGAAGACCCUAAGAAUUCAGAUUCAACAAAUGGGUGCUUUUUCUGAAAAAAAUCAGGUACUGAGAAAGAAGUUAGAGAAUCUACAGAAGAAAGUUUUAGAUUCUUUACCAACUCAACCAAGUGACAAAGCUGAAUUUAUUUCUGUAUCAGUCAAUGAAUUAGAAAAACAGCUGAUUGAAUUUGGGAAGAUUAUGGAAGAUUACAAACAAAAUUUGGAACUGAUGGAACAUUUGCAACAGAUGAUGGAAGAGUGUCAGUUUUGGUGUGAGGAAGCGAGUGCAACAGUACAUAGGGUUGGAAGAUACUCAACAGAGUGCAAGACGAGGGAAGCAGUGGAAAUACUCUACAAGCAAUUCAAGAAGUUCAUUGACCCUGUGGUCCCUCAGCAAGAAGAAAGAAUCCAGCAGGUUACUAACCUUGCUAAAGACUUAUAUGGUAAUGAAGAAGGAAAGAAGUAUGUUGAAAAAAUAGCAGCAAAACACAAAGAAGUUCUUGAUUCUAUCAGUGAACUAUGUAGCUCCUUGACAGAGCUUGAAGACAAGCUUGGGGAAGACUCAUUAAAGGGGAAAUCACCAGAUUCUAAUAACUCUGAUGAUGAACUAGAAGCAGAACAAGACAGACAGAAACAGAAGAUAGAUAAAGAGUAUAUAAAAGAAAAAGUACAUGAGCUGAAGCAACAGGAAGAGAAGAUCUUUGUGGAGACAUCAGUUGUUUGCCCAGCUGUUGAGGAUUCUAUUUCACAGGACUCAGAGUUGUGUUCUCCUGUCAAAGAGGAGAGCUUUCAGACUGAGCUCCUGACAGAAGAUGCACUCUCUGGAGAUGAAUAUGAGUGUAUCUCUCCUGAUGAUAUCUCAUUGCCUUCUCUUUCUGAGACCCCAGAAUCCAACCUUCUGCCUUCUGAAACAGAACUAGAAGAACCACACUGCAGUAGUUCCCGUAGUGUGCAUGUCAGCUCUUACAGUAUACAAAUGCCAAUAAGUGCUGGCGGUAAAAGAAUGGAAGAUGAUUCUGAUCCCUUAACCUCUAUUGCUUCUGCCGAUGCGGCUGGCCACAGAAAGGAAUGCAUAUCAGAGCAGCUAGGGAGAUUUUCUUCUUCCACCCUAAGCAGCCAUUCCAAAUGCGAAGUAGAAUCUCCGUUUGCUCCUAGUUCUCCAGAAAUGCCUGCAACUCCCCCUGUUUCCUCUGCACUCAAGGCAAAGGCUGUGUACUGCAUGAGGAGUGAAGUGCACGAGGCCCGUUUGCAAUGCCAUGAGGUUCCCAGAAGCAUGACAGAAGCACAGAGAAAAUUGCAUGACAGAAAUAACUUUACUAAAAACCAGGCUAGGCUGCAUGCUUCACCCAGUGUAUUUUCAGGUCUCUUUCAAUCAGACUCCACCAGAAGCUGUCAGAGGCAGAUGGCUACCCGAGAAGAGAUUAAAAGCAUAUCUGAAAAGAACAGCAAGGUCAGCCUCUCUGGACAGGCGCCUAACUUCUCCAAGCUUCUGUCUAAUGUAACUGUCAUGGAAGGUGCUCCGGUGACUUUGGAAGUAGAAGUAACAGGAUUCCCAGAACCUACACUGACCUGGUACAAGAAGGGCCAGAGAGUGACUGGAGAUGAGCACGUAAAGCUCUUACACAAGGACACACAGUAUACAUUGUUCAUUGAGAAGGUGUAUGAUACAGAUGCUGGACUGUAUGUGGUUCGGGCUAAAAAUUCUAGCGGCACAGUGUCCUCCAGUGCCAUCCUCCGGGUGAAAGUACAAGGAAAACAGCCGAACUUCAUCAACAAAUUUGGACAUGUCAUUCUGCAAGAAGGUGAUGAUUUAAAUCUACACUGUACAAUUCAUGGAGAGCCAAGGCCAAAUGUCAUUUGGACAAAAGAUGGUGUCAGAAUGGCAGCAAGAGAAAUAAGUAUUGAGAAAUUAGGGGACACCUACUACCUUUUAAAAAGAAACGCAGUUGUUGCUGACACUGGAAAAUAUAUCUGUCUUGCCACUAAUGAAUUGGGAGAGGCGCGCUGCUCAGCUUUCAUCAGAGUAAUAGAAAAGAAUAAAAGUGGCCAUGCCCAGUGCGAGACUAAAUCAAAGCAAGAGAAAGGUCAUUUGUUGGAAAAAAUGAGGGCUGCCACACCCAAAGCGGUACAAGGUCAGGACCCGCAUUGCUUGAGAAGUCAAAAUCAAACCAGUAAAGCAUUCCAAGAGGUAACUUCAGUUUAUGUUUCUUUUGCCUUCUGAAGUAUGGGGACAAACAUUUGAGUGUCCUUUCUUACUGCUGUCUUCUUUUCACAUUGUGUGUGGGUUUUUUUCAAAAUGAAACAGAUAUCAUUCAAAAAUUAGCCAUGAUGCAAAGGGCCACAAGCAGUCCCAGGUUUUCAAAUCCACCGCACGCCUCAUCUCCCAAAGAAGCAAAACUAAAGGCAGAGGGACCCUUUGCAGUCAUUAGGGUUUAUGAAGUAAAGGGUUAUACCUGGAAAGGAAAUUUACCUCAUGAUAUCUACAUCGUACACAAUACAGUGAUGGGCAAUGACUGUGAUUUUGCUAAGGUUAUCUCAGAUAUCAGGAGGGGGCAAUCAUGGGGGUUGGGCUGGUGCUGUUUAGUGAACAGAAUUUCUGAUGAAUAAGAAUUGUUGAUCUCUGAAAGUCAAAUUGUGGACAGUCCACUCUUUGGAGACAUAUUGUGUUGCCAUGGGGAAGAUCCUCCAUUUCAGGGUCCUAAAGGAAGGGAAUAGCUUUUCUUAAAUGGGGUAACUUGGAGUGUGUAGGAAAGUGUGGAACCUUCUGGCAAAUGAAGAACUCUCAGCUCUAAAUGUUGUAAGAUACAGGACUUGGUUUUAUUGUAUUUGUUUAUUUUUUUAAAAAAAAGGUUGCCCUUCAAAACUGUUUGCAGUGGGUGGCUUACAGCCCUCUGUUUUCUCACGGAGAACUGAUGAAGAAAGAAAUCAGUAUUUGGUCUGUGACAUUUCAUGUUCCAGAUUAAGUUUCAUGUGUUUGAAUGUUUUGUUCUUAAAUAUGUUUGUGGUCAGACCAGACUUUGUGAACAAAAGGGAUCUUUCUGUUCAUAGAAGGGACAAAAUCCAGAAAAGGACAGUACUGUAGAAUGGGGGAAGAAGGACAAUUUUUUCCAGGGCAGAUUUUCAGAGGUUAAGAGAAAAGGGAGUGAAAAUAUCUGCCUGCUUCUGAAAGGAAGAUGACAAUACUAGCAAAGGUCUCCAGGCCUAAGUCCUUCAAUUUUUCUCUAGUUCAAAUAAAAUACUGAGGAAGAAAAGGACAUAUUGCUCUCCCUCAAUGCCUGCCUGCUUUUGCUGUGUGAGAUUUAUUGGUUAGAACCUUCUAAUGUUUUGUAGGUUUUAUUUAAUAACUUCUAUUUAGUCUGGGUCACUGACCUGUAAUAAAGAAUUUUUGACUUUUAUAUAGAUAGCAUUUGUUGCGUAUGCAUAUUGCACAAAGAAGCAUUUUGUCAUGUGAACCCACUAUUGAAAGGGAUUUAUCAGAUACAGAUUUAUCACUGCUGCUUAUGACAGCUAGUUCCAUGUUUUCUACAGGAUACCUUUGUUCCCUCCAUUGCCACUACCAUUGAGAUUUCUCUCUAUUGCCCAGCUCCUUCCUGCUUCUCUCGUUUCAAAUCUGGGGAGCAGAGCUGAACAGAAAGCCAUAAAAUAAAAAUCAGCAGGAAAGUAUGAUACCAACAAGGACUACUUGUGGUACCAGCCUGGUGGGAAUUAGAUGACUUUCAACUGAUUCCCAGCAUUUGGAAGUGGAAUGGGCAAGGAUUAGUUACGUUUUCAUAUUGAUUAACACCAACAAAGUGUUAGUGUAGGCACGUAUAUCUGUGUAUGAAUUUAUGAAUAUGGUUUCAGUACCCCCUAUGUACAGAAAGUGAUAAUCAGUGUUCAGUUUCUAAAAAUGUAAUUGUCAGGGCUUGGGCCUGCCUGUGAGCUAUACCAUCUGCCCUGGAAGCUUCCUCCUUAGUCCGAGAAGGUGGGGACAAGCUGAAUUUGCCUAGUGGUGAUACUUUUAAAGAUGACUUCAUGCAUUCUCGAACCUUGGCCCUGUUAUUCAAAAUGGAUUCUGUGAAUGAUGUCUUAUGAGCCCGGAAAUAUAUUAAGACCUGGUGGUAGUGAUGGUGAUCCAGUUGUACGAGAAAAUUGAGCUUCCUUCUCCUGACUGUAGAAAAUGAGAGCUACACUUUACCCCAGAGAUACAUCAAGUGGAGAAGUUGGAAGACGUAGCCUGAGUUAUUGGAGCAAAAGGAACCCUGGAAAAAUAUAGCAUAAAUUAUUAUAUACUAUACAAUAAUUAUAUAGUGUAUAAUAUACCAUACUAUAUUAUACUAUAAUUAGUCUUCCAAAGAACUUUGUAUCAUAUUGCCAACAUGGUUUAAAUGGAUUAUACUCUUGUGUUCAACAUCUACAAUAAACUUUAUACAAUGCUCUAUUACAGUCUAAAAGAGAUAUAGCCAGGAUCUCAUAUAAUGCAGAGUGGGCUGCAACCCUCACACUUUAAAGCUGAGUACUCAGUUUAAAGAUUUGGAGGUGCCAUGAAGGAGAGGGAGGUGAUCCAUUCACAAAAUUACCUCCAUGGUUGUCUUAGACACUCACAGAAUAUCCAUUUCUCAAGGGGAGGCUGGUGAGCACCAAAGGAAGGUUGUGGGCUUUGUAUUAAAGGAUCCUGUAGUACAACUUGUGAAAAGCAAUGUUACAUUUUUUAUCAACACCUCCCUUUUUUGUAUAAGGAAAACUAAAACAGAAAUGUAUAUACUUUUUGUUUUAAUAAACGGCAAAUAUCUAGUAUUGUAGAUUUUAGAAUUGUAUAUCAAAAUUAAUAUUGUGCCUUCUGUUUUAACCAUAUUUGGACAGCCAAGUAAUUUACACAAAGUAUCUCCUUGAGAAGAAAGGCCCUACCCUACUCCCUAUAUUAGUCUGAAUUUUGACAGAAUCCCCACUAGUGACUUAUAGCAUUUUCUAGCAUCACCAAAAAUCGUUGUACUCAUAUAAGAGUAACAAGGAUCAAUACAGAGAUGACACUAGAAGAUGCUAUAAGCCACUAGUGAAGAUUGUGCCUUAACAUAAGCCAGACAGACACAUUAUGAAAUGAUACCUUGAGUUUUCCACUGAUGUGUGUAGUAAUACCUCACCUGAACAGAUCAAUAGGGCAUUAAACUCAGAUCCAUGCUUCAUAGAAUAAACCCAAACUAUAACCCCUGUGCUCAUGACAUUGCCCUUGUCUUAUCCCCAGGUAAUUUUUUUACCCAGUAUGGUUUUCAUAGUACAAAAUAUUCAGCUGCUACAAUACACAUAAGGCAAUACAGGUAGUCCUCAACUUACGACCAUUCAUUCAGUGACCAUUUGAAGUUACAACAGUGCUGAAAAAAGGAGACUUACAACUGGUCCUCAGAGUUACAGCAGUCCCUGCAUCCUCAUGGUUAUGUGAUCACGAUCUGGACACUUGGCAAUCCAUUUACAUUUAUGACCGAUUGCCAAGCACCCAGUGAUCACGUGAUUGCCAUUUGCAACCUUCCCUGCCAGCUUCCACCGAAAGUCAGUGGGGAAGCCGGCAGGGAAUGUCACAAGUUGCUAGGGUAAGUCUCCCCCACCUGCACACCCUCCCCAGCCCUUCUGCACUCACGCUGUGCUGGCCACUCGUGCACCCUUGCACACCCUCCCCAACCUAUGUGGCACCUCUUGAGCAUCCCUGUGCACCCUCCUUGACCCAUGCAGCACCCCUCACACACUGCUGCACACCCCUGCGCACCCUCCCUGACCCACCAUGCCCCCGUGCACCUCCGCACUCCCUCCUCCACCCGACAGCAGCCACUUAUCUGCCUGCUGGCCUGGACCUUACAACUUCCUGCUGGCUUCCCCACUGGCUUUGGUUGUGGGGAG